GGAAGGGAAGAGAGGAGAGAAUGAGGAUAUUGUUGGAGGGAGAAAAAAGGUAGGAGAAAAGAAUACAGAGAGCAAAUAGGACGAAAGGGGGAGUUUGGCAACAACACGUGCCAUAAAACAGCCGUUAACUUUGCCAUCCCACCAGGUCAGGCCGCAAUCCAAACGGCGACUCCCACCCAUCCCAAUUACCACGUACACCCAACCUUCGCUUUAUUUUCUUUUCUUUGUCUUUUUUAUUUUAUUUUUCUUUUUAUUAUUAUAAAUAAACAAACAAAUCUCACCCUUGCAUCGAGUGUUCUAUUGACACAACACGAAACACACACAUGACACAGCAACAACAGCAUAGCCACAACACAACCAAAUGACACCCACAAAGGAGGAGAGAAAGAGAGACGCUACUACUACUACUACUACUACUUCCCCCUCUCUCGCACAGCCCUGAAGCUCCAGAACCCCGUUUUGGAAUUAAUUCGCUUCUCUUUAAUCUAAAUUCGUUGAUUCUUUCCGUUGACAUGUUGGAGGGUCCAACCUUUCUUGUUUCGAGGGACUUACCGAGCUCAUGUGAGCAAGAGACCAGGUGGAUUUACAAUUCCUUCUGUGUGAUGGAGCUCGCGAGCAAUAAGCGUCAACUGGAACUAGAGGAAGAAGCUGUGCUGACAAAGUCAUGCAAGCUUUCAGAUGCUCCAGAGGAAGGAGAAACGAAGAUGAACUUCCAAAAUCUUUCCCUAUCAGUCAACCAAGCAAAUGAUCAAAACCAUUCAAGUGAUCAGUCUGACUCAAGUUCACUUAUCUUCCAACUUGGUCGGGACAUCUCAAUUAAUUGUCUCCUACGAUGCUCAAGGUCUGACUAUGGUUCGAUUGCCUCAUUGAACCAAAGUUUUCGAUCUCUUGUCCGAACUGGAGAGCUUUAUAGGCUGAGGCGACAGAUGGGUAUCAUAGAGCAUUGGGUUUACUUCUCUUGUAAUCUCCCUGAAUGGGAGGCAUUCGAUCCAAACACCCGUCGAUGGAUGCGCUUGCCUAGAAUGCCCUCUAAUGAAUGCUUUAUCUGUUCAGAUAAGGAGUCAUUGGCUGUUGGUACGGAGCUUCUUGUCUUUGGAAAGGAAAUAAUGUCUCCUGUCAUAUACAGAUAUAGCAUUUUGAUGAAUGCGUGGUCAUCUGGUAUGAUAAUGAAUGUUCCUAGAUGCUUGUUUGGUUCUGCCAGCCUUGGAGAAGUUGCCAUAUUAGCCGGAGGUUGUGAUCCACGUGGCAACAUCUUGAGCUCAGCUGAGCUUUAUAACUCAGAAACUGGAACGUGGGAGCUUCUCCCAAACAUGAAUAAAGCAAGGAAAAUGUGUUCUGGUGUAUUUAUAGAUGGGAAAUUUUAUGUCAUUGGUGGGAUUGGAGUAGGUAACUCAAAGCAGCUAACAUGUGGUGAGGAGUUUGAUCUGCAGACAAGAAAAUGGCGAGAAAUACCCAACAUGUUCCCCAGGCGACAUGGAGGAACUGAGGCGACUGAGGUAUCGGCUGCUGCCGAGGCACCUCCUUUGGUUGCAGUUGUAAAUAAUGUAUUGUAUUCUGCUGAUUAUGCCCAACAAGAGGUAAGGAGAUAUGAUAAAGACAAUAAUUUGUGGUUCACUAUUGGAAGAUUACCUGACCGAAUAGUUUCAAUGAAUGGCUGGGGAUUAGCUUUUCGCGCAUGUGGAAAUCGCCUAAUUGUUAUUGGUGGGCCAAGAGCUUUAGAUGGAAGGGUAAUUGAAAUCAAUGCUUGUGUCCCAGGUGAAGGUGUGCCAGAGUGGAACCUGCUUGCUAGCAGGCAAUCGGGGAGCUUUGUGUAUAACUGUGCAGUGAUGGGAUGCUGAGGCAUUUGCUUUUGGUGAAUAGUGCUAUAUGGAUUUAUUCUGAAUGGAAAUUAACAUUCUUCAAUUUCAAGGAGAGAUGAUUCUGGCUCUUGGGUAAUCAGCCCACCUUUUGGGGUAAAUGUUUAGUCCUAUUUAGAGUAACAGAUACAGUUUUAGAAGGUUCACAAAACUGAGUCUUUUCAUUUUAAGUUAUCAUGAUGGUUUUUCAAAUGUUGACACCAUGACUGGUGAAUAAUUAGCUCUUGGUACAUGUUGGGGUUGCAAUCACCUUUUUCAUAAGUUCAAUUGAAGUGUUGCAGAAUUGUAACUGGUCUCAGUUUUUGUCUUUUUUUUUUUUUUGCUUUCUGUUACCCCUUUUUAAAUAUGUAUUCUAAUUGUCUUCAGAUCUUCCCAAACCCUGUUUGUGUUGCCUGUUAUUCACCUUCUCCUCCCUAAGUUGCAGAAGAAAAUGAGACAUAAGGAAUAACCUUUUCUUUCUUCUGUCUUUUGACUUUUGCUUUAGUAUGUCUUGAUUGUUUCAGAUGACAGUGCUUAAUUGCACCAUCCAAGCCGUAUCAUUCUGUUUGUCUUAAUUUGAGACAAACAGAACUCAAUCAAGAUUGUGUGUGCUUCUAUUCUGGUAAA